UAGGUCUCGACCGUCGUACGCUGUAUCCCAGUACAAACUUACAAGAUGGACGGGGUGAAAGCUGCAAAGAGACGCAAAAUCACAGACAAAUCCGUUCCAAAUGCUCUUGCGCAGCUCCCAGAGUUCGCUGAGGACUCACAAAUGUACCAAAGUUUGCUAGAGAUGGAAAAGAAGCUUGACUGGACGAUGAACCGGAAAAAAGUGGAAGUGCAAGACGCGUUGGCGCGCAAUCCGACCACUACGCGUACACUGCGGUUAUUCUUGAGCCACACAGUUUCUGGGCAGGCGUGGCAAACUGGCGAAGCUGCUGAGGGAGUAAAUUUCGAGACGGGGCAGGGCAUUCCAGCAUGGUCCCUAAAAGUUGAAGGGCGACUACUAGAGCUUCCAAAUCAACGUGCACGAGACAGGGUUCCUCCUCGGAAAUUCUCGACUCUCAUAAAACGAAUGAUUGUCGAGCUUGACCGUGACCCUACCUUGUAUCCAGACGGGAACGUUGUCGAGUGGCCUCGAGUUCCAGCCAUUCAGUCGCCUCUAGAUGGGUUCACCAUAAGGCGAACCGGAGACCAGCCGACGAAAGUGCGUUUCAUCAUAUAUCUCGAGCAGACACCAGAGCAGUAUAAAGUGGCUCCAGACUUGGGUAACGUCUUGGGCAUCAAAGAGGAGAGUCGCGUUGGCAUCAUCCAGGCUAUGUGGAAUUAUAUCAAAAUACAUGGCCUGCAAGAUAAAACUGAUCGUCGAAGAAUACGUGCUGACGAUUAUUUGAGACCGAUCUUUGGCGGAGAAGGCAUCAUGUUCCACCAACUACCAGAGCUAGUCAAUCGAUAUUUGAUGCCUCCAGAACCUGUAAUCAUCCAUUACUCCAUCAACCCAGCACAGAUACCCCCAGAGCGCCCUUCUGCAUGGGAUAUCGAGAUCAAGAUGGAGGACACCAACUUGAAGAACCGCAUCAUGGUGACGGUGCAGUCAAGUAAAGAUAGCAUGUCCGACCUCACCAAGUUAGAUGACGAGAUCGCGCUGUUAGCACAAUCGCUACAUAACUCACACACGAAGCGGCAAUUCCUUCAAAGUUUCGCCAACGACCCAGCGAAUUUCAUACAGACGUGGCUGGCGUCGCAGUCUCGCGACUUGGAAAGCGUGCUCGGAAGUGGACCGAGCGAGGGUGCUACUAUCCGUGCUGAGGAGUUGCGUAGGAGUGAUUUCUUCAGGCUACCCUGGGUUGAGGAAGCCGUCGCUGUCCACGAGGGAAUGCGCCUGGCUUCUCGAGGCAUGCAAUAAGACUUGUAUGUAUGUAGAACUACGGUCCUUGCUUUGCUUUGCAGUUCUUAUCUUAUUCUAUUGUUUUACUCACGUGAGUAUUUCGCCAAGAGCUUUCGGUGAUCAACGUUUCCAAUUCCAUGCUAUGCGAUUGCGCGGCAGUGUGCGCACUGCGCACCUUAUUUUUUUGACUC